GAAUGUUGAUAUGCAUCAAUCGCAUUGCCCGUGUUUAGGAUUGGACCUGAAUUUAGGAAGAUUCUCGGGAGAAGAAAGCAAUGAACAAAAUCGUAAAAGUUUCUAUAUCAUCCUGUUCAACACGAAUUAUCACAGCAAAAUAAAUAAAUAACCUCUACAUCGUUGCCGUUCUAAACAUAAAGUAUUUGAUAUAUAAUUGUACUAGACAACAACCUUCUCAAAUUUAAAUGAAAGGCAUCUUUCAAUCUAAGCCGCAAGUAAUAGCAUUGGCCAACAUGGAGCUUACACAAACUCCGUGCACGAAUAACUUAUGAAACUUUCUCUUGUGAUCUGUCAACCUCGUUUUGGUCGCCGUCCAUUUGACUAUCGUUUCCAUUGAGUAAACUCGCAAGUAUGUUAUUCAUUGAUUAAACAAGCGUCUCAUCAUGUUUGGAGUUUACAACACGCAAGCUAUGGAGGGAUUCAACGCCAUACUCUUGGGGAAAAGGGUAGAUUGCUAUAAAGGCGGUGUGUCCUACGCGGAACUUUGUUCGGACGAGCCCCCCUUUAAAACGCCGAGUCAGUCAGCGUGUCACGCAAACGUGGGCGGUCACGGCGAUCUACGUGGAGCGUGUCGGAACACAGUCACGAGGGGGAACCUCGAUGACGAGAAGCAGAGCGCCCCUCCUUCACCUUUGCAGAAUGCGCCACUGUGCGGCACGAGGCUUCCCAUUUUCAGAAAAGGCAACAGGUACAAUGCGAUCUGGAGGGUCCCCAAAUAUGUGGCCAGCGAGUCGACGCUGUCUGGAUUAGAGGAUAUGGGCUACGCCACUUUCGGAAAGAACAACGAAGCGACGCCCCUUGAAGAUUCGAACGGCAAUCAGAAAACGAAUAACGGAACCCUCCUGCAGAUCACGCCGCUGGGUUUACGACAGUUUCCAAGCAAUGACUCCAUCACGAAGGCACGCGGGGAGCUCCACAAGUGGAGACGGCACCUACUCUCUAGGGUUGCGCAGAAGGACUGUGACCUGGCGCAAAGCUUGAACAUCACCGUGACGAAGCUUCAGAGCACGCCCCCGUCUCACGUCGAAAACGCCUGUAAGCCGCCCCUACCUCGUUCCGGAUUCGUCGUCUCGAACACAAGCGCCCCUGCAGCUGAUCGCACAACUUUACCAGUCAACAAACCAACGAGGACCCGUUAUUUUCAAUCCCUGACGUCAUCUGGAGCGCAUUUUGCGAUUUGCGCCCAUCUUCCAACUAGGGCGCACAAGAAAGGCAGGCGCCCAACGUUAUCCGUAUUCACCGUGUAUCAUAUUGAAGUCAACGCUCCCUCGGAUGACAGUGUUCGAAGACAUGUUAAAGAUCUUUUCACGGUUUCGAAGGCGAUACCCCCACACCACGAGGCGUCGACCUUCAACUUGGCGACCGAAGAAACCCCGGAUGUGAUUUGCGACAGUGGGAAAUUUACGAUUAUAACGGCGAAAAAAAGGAACAAGCGCCGGUGCAAGUUCAAGAACUCAUUCUCUGGGGAGAAGCGCAACAGAGACGCCUCUGCGAAUCACGUCAUCAAACCGGGGAAGGGGGUGUCCUCCGCACAAUCAGUCAAGAAGAGUGCAACGAGGAACAAGGCGCGCGAGGCGACACCCUCUCGCAGACCCCAGCCCGCCUCAGAUGUUGAGAAAGUACGCCUGGAAAACAACACUAGGGGUGAACACUCGAAGUUCAGCCCCAACUGCAAAACAGUGGACACAGCGUUAAAAGACAAUUCUACGUUAAACACCCAUUCAGAAUUAAACACCAAUUCAACCUUGAACAUCAACUCGGCCAUAAAUAAGACUUUCCGACGCGUGAAAGAUGCGCCCGAGAUCAGCGGUUAUCGCGCCAAGAAGCAGUCACAAGUGAGGGCAUCUGAGAAAUCUCGGGUCAGUCAGAACGGCACGGACCAAGCAGUGAACGUUCCAACUCUCAAAUCAGAACCCGUGAAGGGUAAAGCAGACGACGGCCAGGUCGUCUCCCCUGUGUGUCACCCGAAAUUCGAGCCGAAUACGAAGAAGCGAUAUCAAAUCGGGCGCGUGCGAACAGAGUCAAGGUCCACAGACCCUGUGUCCUCUUGUGGUCGCGAGGAAACGAAAGCGAGUAUAACUUGUCCCGAAGGUUCCAAUGAAUUGAUUCGGACUCCCCGGACGUCGAGAAGCCGGUCAGCGGCUAAUAAAUGCGUGACUGUCGUAUUCGAGUUCGAUUCCGACCAGGAGGCAGACGACGCGUUAGAUUCCACUAAAACUUUGAACAUGGCGAUGGGACAGUGCAUGCGAGACUCCAAGAGAAAAGGCCGCGAGGAUGUCAUAAGAAAAUUACUGGACUAUUCGACGCAGGCAAAGAAAGAUAAGCCGAGAUCCCCCCAAGAUGGGCGGAUUGUAUCACUGAGAAAGGCGAGCCAGCUGUCCCAAAUGAAGGAUUCAAAUUCCGGAAAUGAAGCGAGGAUAUUCCCAAAAGUUAAGUUAGAUGGUCUGCGAAGUAGAAAUAGAAACACGAAUCAUGACGAUACCUGGUUUUUGGAGCAGCGACAGGAAGGAACAGACUCGAUGCACAACGGUACAGAUUGGACGGGGGGAAAAAGAGGCAAAGAUAAUAAUGUAGACACGGUGCAAUGCGGGGGGAUGGAAAUGGAUGACGAUGAUAUGAUAGAGACAGUCAGCCAGUGUAAUGAUCUGUUUAACAGCAGCCAAAUCUUCGAGUCCGACGCUGAGGUGACCAGCCAAAGGAAGAGGUCAGAGGUGACUGAGAAAAGAGAAGAUGACAUGGAUGCACCAGAGAAUGAAGGAAGAGUGUGUGACAGGUCCGAACAGCGGGGUAACAAUGAAUCGGUGUCGGGUAAAAAUAUCCAACAGGAAGAGUCAGACGUGACAAGGGGAGAAGAAGGUUGCACUGAACUGACCGCUAAUCUUGAAAUGGAAAUUGUCCACGAGACAUUAAGAGAGGAAUGUGGCACUGAACUGACCCCUAAUCUUUUAAUGGCAGUUUUCCACACGACACCAGGAAUCGAAAGGAGUAAGUCCAGUAAGCAAUGGGCAACGCCUGUGAAUGACACGAGAAGCGAUGACCAAUCUUUUCGACUACCGGCCCACCGUGAAUUCGAUUCACCAAUUCUUUCGGGGCCGACUGACUUUAAGAAGGUGAAAGACGAUCUUGUCCCGCACGUGGAUAGCAGCAACGGAAAUAAAACUGUCAAAGAGUCCAUCACGAACCUUGGCGCCAACGUGGAUACAGCAAUCUUAGAGAAAGUAUCAUCAGACGAUGUGGAUAGAAUGGGCUAUCGCGGCUCUUUGUUUCCGAAUUUAGGACCCAGGGAAUACUUGCCACGCCGAGGUCAUUCGUCCCUGGAGAGACUGGGCAACGGUCAUCUCGAAACACGGAUCACCGGUAAUAAAGGAAGUGCGUCACGUAGGUCGACCUAUGACCUGGCCGUGACUGGUGGACCGAAGAUUCAUGAAGCUAAUGGUGAGGACGAUGAGCAUGGAUGUGUGGAGGUGGAGAUAAGCAAACAGCAUACCAACAAAGGUGAGGCUACUUUGUAGGAGCAGUGGUGUGGAUAAAAGAGAAUGGAUACCUUGCCUUGGGACACUUCCUUCUUAAAAACUUGAAUUGAAAAGAAAAAUUGGCCCAUAAUUCUACUUAGAUGUGCAUUAGCUACCUCGUGGUUCUACUUUAGAUGUGCAUUAGCUAUCUCAUAGUUAUACUUAGAUGUGCAUUAGCUACCUCGUCGUUGUACUUUGGAUGUGCAAUAGCUAUCUCAUAGUUCUACUUAGAUGUGCAUUAGCUACCUCGUGGCUCUACUUUAGAUGUGCAUUAGCUAUCUCGUGGCUCUAAUUUAAAUGUGUAUUAGCUAUCUCAUGGCUCUACUUUAGAUGUGCAUUAGCUAUCUCAUGGCUAUUCUUUAGAUGUGCAUUAGCUAUCUCGUGGCUCUAUUUUAAAUGUGUAGUAGCUAUCUCAUGGCUGUACUUUAGAUGUUCAUUAGCUAUCUCGUGACUAUUCUUUAGAUGUGCAUUAGCUAUCUCGUGACUAUUCUUUAGAUGUGCAUUAGCUAUCUCGUGGCUCUACUUUAGAUGUGCAUUAGCUACCUCAUUGCUCUACUUUAGAUGUGCAUUAGCUAUCUCAUGGCUAUUCUUUAGAUGUGCAUUAGCUAUCUCGUGGCUCUACUUUAGAUGUGCAUUAGCUACCUCAUUGCUCUACUUUAGAUGUGCAUUAGCUAUCUCAUGGCUAUUCUUUAGAUGUGCAUUAGCUAUCUCGUGGCUCUACUUUAGAUGUGCAUUAGCUAUCUCAUGGCUAUUCUUUAGAUGUGCAUUAGCUAUCUCGUGGCUCUACUUUAGAUGUGCAUUAGCUAUCUCAUGGCUAUUCUUUAGAUGUGCAUUAGCUAUCUCGUGGCUCUACUUUAGAUGUGCAUUAGCUAUCUCAUGGCUAUUCUUUAGAUGUGCAUUAGCUAUCUCGUGGCUCUACUUUAGAUGUGCAUUAGCUAUCUCGUGGCUCUACUUUAGAUGUGCAUUAGCUAUCUCAUGGCUAUUCUUUAGAUGUGUAUUAGCUAUCUCGUGGCUCUGCUUUAGAUGUACAUUAGCUAUCUCAAGGCUCUACUUUAGAUGUACAUCAUGCUUCUGAUUUGAUGUUUAUUAGCUUUGCUCAAAAUAUUCUUAACCUUAUAUUUUUGGAACGCAAAAACUGAUUUAAAAAUAUUUUUCACACCCUUCUUAAACUCAAAACGUAUUUUGCACCCUACCAUCGUUGUUUGCAAUUCUAUUCUGUUGGGUUUCAUUUAAAUAUAAAUGGGUCUUCUUGCUGUCCUUAUAGAAAUAUCUCCUUUAUCCCCAUGAGGUGCGGACUAUCAUGUUUGAGAACCCUCGGUCUUCAGUUUGGAGAAAUAAUGGUCAUCGUGGAAGAUUUCACUGUGGUCUUUGCAAGCAUUCAUUCAAUGCUUCCAAUAGUAACAAUAAAUGAUAAAAUAACUAAAUUCGACCCCCUUUUAAAAUAACGGGUAGAUUCUUCCAAAAAUUGUGUCACGUCAUGAUUUUGUAUUAAUCAUUUUAAUAAAUUAAAUUCUAAAAAGAUUUUCAAACAAAAUGUUAAAGCAUUUUUUAAAGACUCCUUCGGCAAACUUACCUUUAGUUCAGGCCUGAACAACAUACGGCCCGCGGGCCGCAUGCGACCCGCCCGCACCCAUUUAGCGGCCCCGCGAAGUAACGAAAUAUUAUUAAUUAUCAUUAUUUUUUUAAUAAUUGCUUUCCCCCGAAUUCUAUUAUCUUUCGGCCCGCACUAAUUUUUCAUACAGUAUUACGGCCCGCCUUACACUCGGCCCGCUUUACACUUUGAGUUGUGCAGUCCUGCUUUAGUUUAUCAAAGACCUGACGGAAUUUCAUCAGAAAUCAAACUGUGCAUGGUGGGUAAUUCAAAGGGAAACCACUACUGAAUUGAGAUUUAUUUCUCCCUUACCAACACCGGCCCUAAUAUCAAAAACCUCGUUGUAAUUAAACGGUUAUAUAAGAUUGUUACAAUCCUAACAACUUGAGUUUUAAAAUGAAGAUUACAUUACAUCACGUGGCACGAUCGUGCCCCUUUCAGGGGAACCUACCGGUGGGACCACCUUGACCGCCGGCCCCGUGGACGGCUGCUCUCGCCACGUCGCAGUUGAUGCUCACAACGUUGAAGCCCCACAGGCUCCCCACGGAGCAGACGCCACGUCGAGCGCGUGGAUGCUGCUCAGGAAGACGGUGCUGCCCACCGUGCCGGAACGUCUCCCAGAGAGAAGGGUCCUGAGUCGGCGGCGCCAGGCUCUGCGGUUCAGCCCACACAACACAUCCAUUGGACAGAGGGAUCGGGCUGGGGCGUCAGGUGAUUGCCAGGAUAAUCCAGGUAAUGUUUAUGAACAUGGAGAAAAAAAAAAGGGGGGGGGGGAGGGGGGUGAAGCAAAAAAAAAAAUAACAAAUAGAAAGAAAUAAAAAAAAAAAAAAAAAGGGGGGGGGGGGAGGGGGGGUGAUGCAAAAAAAAUAUGAACAAAUAGAAAGAAAUCAAAUGCCGUUCACCUGUUUGAAAAGCCUGUAAAAUUCAAAUUAUUGUAAAAUUAAGAUUAAAUUAACAUAUAUUAAAGUGUAUUACCCUAGUUGCUUUCAACCGAGUAAAGCACACAUGACCCGUACAUAGCGGCUUUUCUGACCAAAUUAGACGUUCUUCUGAUGGUUGGUUAGCAUGUCUGGUUAAGAUAUAGUCAAUUCGUUCCCUGUAGCUAUAAAGCAAUGAACUCAAAUUAUCACUAUAAAAACUAUUGACUUUAUUCUCAAUUAUUUUUUUUAUUAUUUUUUUUUUUUGUCAAGUUCGAAAGUCAAACAUUAUUUUGGUACUUGUUAAUUUCCAUCACGAAAGCUAAGCCUCGAAUCUUCAUCAAGGGCAAGGGCAUGGUACUGGAGUCCCCGUUUUCGGACGACUCCAACGGGAAGUGCAAAGGUGUGGGUGAGACCACGUUGAAACCUGGGGCGGGAAAAGUCGCAGACAUGCCCAGGGCCGACCCGGGCUGUGAUAAGAGUGUCCGACUGCCUCAGCUUCUUGGAUAUGGUGACACUGUUGAAUCCACACGCUGCGAUGUGCAGCUGCAGAAUGCGAUCAGCGCACAAACAGCGGACAGCAUCAAAGCUGCCCAGAAGAACUUGACCUAUUCGACUGAUUUUGUGUACUACGGGAAGGCCAAAGUGGACACAUGGUUGAAGGCGGCGUACCACUAACGCUUGGAUACAAAUAGAAUGUGUUGUCUCGAGUCGAAUGUCAUAACUUUCACCUGAUAAGCAGAUCUAAGC